AUGGAUCUUCCAAUCUACAACUACGAUGACUUUGAAAACAACUUCACAGACUAUAACUACAGUUUUUAUCAUGUAGAUGAAUUGUACCCAAAUAUUGAACAGCCUAUUCCUCCACUGUCUCCUGUUAAAGUGACAGCUCUCAUCAUCUAUGUUCUUGUGUUCCUUCUUGGCUUGCCUGGUAAUGCUUUGGUGAUAUGGAUUACAGCUUACAAAAUGAAAAGGACGGUAAGCACUAUGUGGUUUCUUAACCUGGCUAUCGCUGAUCUUCUGUGUUGUCUCUCGGUGCCAUUCUCAGUUAUGGGGAUUAUAUUGCGUGGACAUUGGCCCUUAGGUCUUUUUGCCUGCAAGUUUAUAGCUUCUGUCCUCUUGGUCAACAUGUAUGCAAGUGUGCUCAUUCUUGCAGUCAUCAGCAUGGACCGUUGUGUCUUGGUCAUCAAACCCGUCUGGCGUGAAACUUACAGGCUGGUGAAAAAUGCAACUUUGGUGUGUCUGAUGGUGUGGAUAUUGGCUUGUGUGUUGGCCAGCCCUUCUUUCAUCUUCAGGAGGACAAUCGUAAGGUCACAUAAUAAAAUAACUUGUUCUAUGGAUUAUUCACUCACAGGAGAAGACCAAGCAAAGGUUGAGAUGCUCAUUGCAGUAUUCCGUUUCAUGUUGGGUUUCGUCAUUCCAUUUUUGUUUAUCACAGUCUGCUAUGGUGUGUUGGUGUCUGGGGUCAAUUUAAAACACAGUCAAUCUAGCAAGAUAUUGAGAAUAAUUGUUGAUGUAAUUAUAGUUUUUUUUGUGUGUUGGUUCCCCUACCAUGUAGCUGGUCUUAUCCUCGCGGCACAUCCUAGCCACUCAGACCUAUACACCUCAACCAUAAAAGUGGAUUCCAUUUUGAUAAGCAUAGCUUUCACGAAUAGCUGCAUUAACCCAAUUAUUUAUGUGCUAUUGGGACAGGAUGUAAAAAACAAACUCAAGAAGUCAGUCAAGUUGGUUAUUCAAGAAACGCUCCAGCUUGCAGAUGAACUGAGUAAAUCUUUGGAUUCUAAAAAUUCUAAGUCAACAUCAGAGACAAAAAAUAUGGAUACUCAGGUUUAG